ACCGCGCAGGCGCAGUGGGCGGUGCGGCGGGAGGCGGUGCGGCCGUCGCCAUGGCGGAGGGCGAGGAGCUGAUCUCCGUGGACUACGAGGUGUCCGGCAAGGUGCAGGGCGUUUUCUUCCGCAAAUACACCCAGGGGGAGGCUAAGAGGCUGGGGCUUGUUGGUUGGGUCCAAAAUACCAGCCGUGGCACCGUGCAAGGGCAGAUCCAGGGCCCUGCUGUCAGGGUGCAGGAGCUGCAGGAAUGGCUCAGGAAGGUGGGGAGCCCCCAGUCCCGCAUCAGCCGAGCCGAGUUCAGCAACGAGAAGAAGAUCGGGGAGCUGGAGCACAAGGAGUUCCAGAUCGUCAAGUAACUCUGCCCAGGAAGACUCAAAAGCUGGAGCAUGACCUGCCCUCGCAGGACGUGCCCCCUGUUUGUUCAGUCAGCCCAUAUGCAGCUCUAGAGGAGUUCGUUUUGUCACACUUCUAAUGUACUGGUUCAUGCUGCCGUUAGUCCAGCCCUGCCCCUCCGCAGGUCCGGCAGGCGGAGGAGGAGCCCUGUCCCGCGGCAGGGGCGGGCCGCGCUGCGGCUGCGCAGCCCUGCGGGGGCCGUGGGCCCGCGCCCGUGCUAAACGUUGCUAAAAGCGUCAUUGCUCUGCUCUAGACCCCUCAGAAGCAGUUUGGUUUGGCGCGGGAGUUUGUUUUUUCUUUAGAAUAAAAUUGGUUGGGGGUUGCCU